CUUGGUUCUCUUGCGGAGAGAGAAUCCGCGAGAGGUGAAGGACCUCGGGAAGUCGCCGAUCGCGCGCGAUAUCCGUCCCGACCUCUCUCCGCGGGACCGCGCCAGAAAUCUAUAUUUUCUGGGAACGCAAUUUCGCAGGCAGCAGAACAGCGAUUCGCGUGCCUUCGCCUAUUUAUUUGCGCGCCUCGUGACUCGGGCGCGGGAGGAACAUCGGACGAUAACCCCUGGAUCCAUAAAAAUAAAGACGCCCAAGACCACACGUCGUCCACCAGCUGGAGAGUUGUGCGAGUAAAGAUUCUUCGUCGCGCCAAACGAUAUCUCGAUCUCUCAAAAUUAUGCCGUUUUCGGUACCGCUGCCUGACGCAACGAGGCGACCGAUAUUCAGCGUUAUUUUCCGCCGACUGUCGUUGACUUUUGAAUCCAGCCGCCGCGCACUUUCAGUUCAAUCAGACUCGAAGGUUCGCAAGAGAACAAUGUAGCGUGUAAAAUCGCUAUCGACAAAUUGAUCGUGUGUCGAUAUUUAUUAUACGCGACAUAAUCUAUGCACGUGCAGCGCGACAAUAAUUUGACUCGAGCCACGUUCGUCUCUUCCGUAAACUUCGGCUGAGACGAGAGUGGUUCGUGUUCAGCGAUUGACGGAAGAUCUCUGGGCGAUCUCCUGUCAGGAUGUUCCACCGCGAUUCGCUCCAAUCUCGCCGACGUUCAAGAUUCUAUAUUGAUUUGCGCAUUUGUUUACGUCGCGUCCUCGUGCGAGCGCGCUCGUCGUGUGACGCGGUUGCACUCGUUGCUGCGUCACGUGCGUCACGAAGUGCGAACGGAGAUGCACGAGCGGAAACCGAGUAAAGGUCAGUACACACACACGCACACACAGUGCGUGAUCAGUGAGGUGCGUCGCGCGUCGGUUGUGUCGCGCGUCGGUUGUGUCGCGCGUUUUUCGGCGUUCAACGGAAUAUCGUUGCUACGGUGAUAAAUUGAACGUCAGCGUAUUCCUCGUAGCAGCUCAAGGCCCAUGUUCUGAGCAUCGAUCAUAAAUCCUCUCACGUGACCCCGAUCUUAUCGAUCUAGUAUGAAAUCACGAAAAGUGAAUAAUUUUGCGGUACCUCGGGAGACGAUCACGAACCUCUUCUUAUAAACUUGUAAAAAAAUUAACAUCUCCAUAUGUAUCUUCAAGGUUAGAUUUUUACCUCACGAGCUCACAUCAGUGGAAAAGAUUCGUAAUUGAUUCUCGAUAUUUAUCGUUAAAAGCACCUCGUGACUCCUUCUGAUUGACUGUAAGCCACUUUUGGGCCCAAGUGUUGGCAGAAAAAAUUACGAGUCGCGCGUUGCUGAUGCGCGUGUGUGAAUAAACCUUACGAAUCUCGAUUUUUCCGAGCAAAACCGCAGACGGGUAUUCAAACGCGGACGAGAUCGCACGCGCUAUGCCAUCGUGACACAGGAAUCAAGCCAUCCCGAAUAUUGCGGAAUAAUGUACACGAACGCGGAAUCUCCAAGCAAUACAUCAGAUUCACCACCAUCAGUAAGCCCACUCUCUUCAUCUAUUGUGCUACAACGUGAGGGGAUUGUGAGUCAGCCACUGAGCGCUCCUGCAUCACCUCUGUCUUCCCUAUCAUCACCAGUAACCCAGUUAAACCUACCAUCACCUGGGGACUGCACCCAAGAUCCCAAUUGGCAAGCGACAAAGCCUACAGUACGAGAACGGAAUGCAGCCAUGUUCAAUAAUCAUCUCAUGGCUGAUAUUAUAUUCAUUGUUGGCAGUCCAGGCCACACACAAACGAUACCAGCACACAAGUACGUCCUAGCUACCGGCAGCUCUGUAUUUUAUGCUAUGUUCUAUGGAGGAUUACCAGAAAAUAAGAGAGAUAUAGAAGUGCCUGAUGUUGAACCAGCUGCAUUCCUCGCGCUGUUGAGGUAUAUGUAUUGCGACGAAGUGCAGCUUGAAGCGGACACGGUUUUGGCGACGUUGUAUGUCGCGAAGAAGUACAUAGUUCCACACUUGGCGCGAGCAUGCGUCAAUUACCUGGAGACGAGCCUGACGGCGAAGAACGCGUGUUUACUUCUGAGCCAGUCUCGUCUGUUCGAAGAGCCGAAUCUCAUGCAACGUUGCUGGGAGGUGAUCGACGCACAAGCAGAAAUGGCACUAAGAUCCGACGGUUUUGUGGACAUUGACAUUCAUACACUCGAAUCAGUCUUGUCGCGAGAGACGCUGAACUGCAAAGAGAUACACAUAUGGGAUGCUGCGUUACGAUGGGCUUCCGCAGAAUGUAUCCGACAAGAUCUUGAGCCAACUCCUGCCAAUCAAAGGCAAUUGUUAGGAUCUGCCUUGUAUUUAAUUAGACUUCCCGCAAUGAAUCUGGAAGAAUUCGCAAACAGUGCAGCACAGACUGGAAUUCUAACGCAUCAAGAGACAAUCGAUGUGUUUCUGCACUUUACAGCUAGCAACAAACCACAACUCUGUUUCCCCACCAAACCACGUCAAGGAUUGAAAACUCAGGUGUGCCAUAGAUUCCAGUCUUGUGCAUAUAGGUCGAAUCAGUGGCGAUACAGAGGCCGUUGUGACUCGAUCCAGUUUAGCGUCGACAAGAGGAUAUUCGUGGUGGGUUUCGGAUUAUACGGGAGCUCGUCCGGUGCUGCGGAUUACAACGUUAAAAUAGAACUUAAAAGACUCGGGAAUGUCCUCGCGGAAAACAACACCAAAUUCUUCUCCGACGGCUCGAGCAAUACGUUCCACGUUUACUUCGAAAAUCCGAUACAGAUCGAGCCGGAAUGUUCGUACACGGCGAGUGCGAUAUUGGACGGCGGGGAAUUGAGUUUCUUCGGUCAAGAAGGCAUGUCGGAGGCGACGGUCGGCAGCGUGAACUUUCAGUUUCAGUGUAGUUCCGAGAGCACGAACGGCACCGGCGUCCAGGGUGGACAGAUUCCCGAAUUGAUUUUCUACGGGCCGCCGUCUGACGACUGACGGAAGAUCGCGACGGAACUUAUGGUCUAAUCGCGUGGCUCGCAACGAAGCAUAAUAUUCGAGUCACUCCCGACAAAUGGAAGCCUGUCGCCAAAUUCUCAGACAGGGAAAACGUGUAUUCAAUAGGUGCACUCUAACGAUCCGGUUAUUCAACAUCCUAAACGAAAGUUUCACAAAAUUCCACAAGAAUUGCGGAAUGAAUAGAACAAGAUUGCGUGCAAUAUUUUAACAGAUGCAAGCUUCAUCGAGUCUAUAUGUAUAGAGUUAUAGUUAUCUUCUAUUGUAGAUAUGUACUAUUAACUUAAGACGACGGCGUUUCAGCGGACUUAACAUUUUUAACGUGGAAUUUUUUAGUCAUUUCUCCAGUCAUUUCUCAUACGUCUCUGUUAAUUAAUCCGUUCAUUAAAUUUAUGUCGAAGCACAGUAUUGAAAGUUAAUGUUUCAAUUCAAAAGAUGAUACCAAAUUUUAAUAUGAACAUGCAAUAUAUUACUAACGUCAGCGUAACUUGUUACAAAAUUAUAUUUUUGUAACAGGUGGAGACAGUAUUAUACUAUUGUACAGUAUUAUACAAUUUAUGAAGGCAACAAUUAAUAUAUGUUUAGAGUUUGAUUCAUGCUAAUUUAAAACUGUUAACGAAUCUCUGAAUUUUUAACAUUGACAUCAACAUCGUAUUUAUAUCGAAUAAACAUUUAAUUAUGAUUUCAAGAACAUUUCUGAAACGCCUUAACAUAGCAUUAUUACGAUCUCGUUCAUGAACGAUUGUGUGAACAUUUUUGGGAGAGAGUGCAUCUAUUUUUCUAUGCAUACUCAAUGAAUGCAUACUUUUGUGGAUUUGCGUGACAGAUCUAAUUUCUUCUCUUGUAGCAAGUAAAGAGAAAUGGCUAUUCAAAAAUUGUAAAUAUUUGAAAUAAGAGUAUAAUAUAGAGAAAAGAGAAAUUCAUGCGUAAUAACGUAUUGUGACAAAUAGAAUAAAGCAAUGAACAUUAGAAGGGCCAAUUAAAGCAAUUAUUGCUGAGCUCUAUACAAAAUAAUUCUCCUGUAUUAGAACAAUAAUAAAGGAUCGGUUUUAUGUAAUAAUUUAUUCGCUUUUACGUAAAAAAUAAAUUUGUAAAAAAUUUACAAGAUUUGUUUUGUAAUUAAUAAUACAUAAGUUACAUGAAGAAUUUCUCAAUAUCCGCGAAAUAUUUUAUAAAUAUUUAUAGAGUUGGACCUUCUAGUGUAAAAAAGCGUAAAAACAAUUUACAAGGAAGCUAUAAGUGCUUCAUAUUAGUUAUGUAAUUAUAUAUAGCUAUGUAAGUAUUACAAAAGUAUCAAUUGUUUACUUUAAAUGCGACCAAUACGGCAUUUAACAUUCUGAGGUUUAGCGUUUUAUUUAUUUUCUUUUUAUAGAGAACAUCAAUAUAAUCACUUAUUUAUAAAAUUGAUUUCUUUAUUGUUGCAGUACUUUUUUCAUUACUGUUACUUAUUGUGCUUAAUGCUACAUGUUAACCAAAAUUUACUACAAAUGAUUAAAAAAUCGAAUUAUAAAAUGUCGCGGACCUCAGAAGGUUAGACGUGAGCAUCAAUUUGUUAAAUACUCUCUACAAACUAUUAGAUUAUAAUUUAUAUCUUCCAUUUUUCAUAUCUAAUUCACUCUAUAAAGUAUUAAACUCUGUGUAUUAUACUGAGUAUUAUACUGCCAAGUAAUAUAGUUGAAGAACUUGUAUUUUUCAUUGUUCUAAUCGUGGGUCUGCUUGUAAAUUUUCAUAAAAUACGGAAUAUUUCUCUUUCGACGACAUCAUGUGUGUGCACACAUCAUAAUAUACAUAUAUAUAUAUAUAGUAAUCUAUUACUAUAACCCAAUGAUAUUUUAAUUAUUGAUUUUUAGACGAGUUUAAAAAUCGAUUUUGUCUGAUGGAAAAAUCGGUUUUGGUCAAAUCCGUCGAAAAAAUCUGUUAUCCGAAAAACAAUGAAGUAGUUGCGAAAUACUUUGUAUACAAAACAAGAUGUGCAUAUGAAAUCUAAAAAGUACAAGAUAUUGCUCUUUUGCGUAGUUAUUUUUUCAAACAAUGGUUGCAAUUUUAUGAUAGAAAAUAUGAUUUUAUUUUUAGAAGCAUAAGACAAUCUAGUAUACUAAAUACAAGUCGAGAAUGAUAAUAUGAAAAUAUAAAAGUACAGACUUUAACUUAUUCUGGAGUUCUUUAACUUGUAAUUUCGAAUUUGAUUAUUAGAUUGAAAACUUUGAAACUUUCUUGAAUCUCUAUAUGCAAAUGAUAGUUCUGCUUUAUUAUAUGUCAUUUUAUCCAAAUAUAAUGCGCUAUAAAUGCAUUUUAUAUGAUUUUAUAGUUUCUAUUUGCUCAUAAAAAAAGAAGUAAAAAAAUGAUCUUUUAUUCUUAAGAGUUUUAAACGUUGCAUAUAUAUUAUGUUUGAACAAAAUAAAAAGAUAAAUAUCUCUAUACUAUUCCACAUUUUAAUAUUAAAGAAAGAUAUAUAUAUAAAACAUACAAAGCCCCAUAUACAUCAGGAGGCACCAAAGUUUAUUUCGCAAGAUAACAGACAUUAGAACGUGUAGAAAAACGUAAUACUAAUAGCAAUAUCUUACAUAUAAAUGAUGCCUUUCCACAUAAAUUAUAUAUAUAUAUAUAUAUAUAUAUAUAUAUAUAUAUAUAUAUAUAUAUAUAUAUAUUUAUAUUUAUAUUUAUAAAUGUAUAUAUACACAUAUAUAUACAUAUAUAUAUAUACAGACAUAUACAUACACAUAUACACAUUUGGCAAAUGCCAAUAGGAAAAUAAAUACGUAAAUAAACUUUUGAAGCUAUGUCUCUGUAACCGAUUUAAAAUUUACGCUUUAUUAAUUAAAAAGUAGAAAAGUCGUAUUUGUUUAAGUUAGCUUUUUUAUUUUCCUGAAUAAUAAAACCGACUUAACCCAUUCCUUAACGUAAAUUAUGCUUUUGUGUUCAGUUGGUGUUAACAGUUGGUUAAUUACAUUAUCGAAGUAUUGUAAAUAAUAAAAAUGUAAUAAAAAUAAUAAAAAUAA